GUGCAUACGACUCGAGGUAACCGAACACCACGCACUCUCCCCCUCGAUUCACACUCUUCUUCCUCCUCUCUCGCCUUCUCCCCUUCCCCUCUUUGGCUCUUUCCACGCCCUAUCGAUUUUCCCUCCAAAAAAUCCUCCCGUCCGCCCUCCUCUCCUCCCAAUCCCCCCACCACCGCCGCCCGCCGGUAGAACGAGGGAGCGGCCCCGGAUUCUUUGCCUCGUCUCGUACUCCGCCGGCGCCCUCUCCUCCUCAUCCUCCACCUCCGCUUCGGGCGCUGGACUGGCGGCAGAUAUCGGGUUCGCCGGGAACAGUAUGAAAAGUGAAGAAGAGGACACCGAUUUUCUUCAUGACGCAAACAGGCCUGUAGCGCGUCUGAUAGUUGAUUCGCCCAGAGGGACCCAUUGUAUGGAUGAGACUAAUUCAUUUUCAAGUCGACGAAGCUUUGAAAAUGGGGGGCAGGAGCCUUCACUACCUACAAGACUGUCCUAUGGUGAUGAGAUCCCUUCUCUGUCUAGUCGCAGGUGCAAUGGCAAUGGGGUGCUUUCACACUCGAGUCAAUGGCACUAUGGUCCGGAAUCCCGGUCACUCUCAACUAGACAAGGUUAUGGCGAUGAAAUCCCUUCUCUAUCUAAUCAGAAGUUCAAUGGCAUUUUGCACUCAAAUCAGGGGCACUGUAGUGCUGAAUUCCCCUCAUUCUCAAGUAGACAGAACUAUGGUGAUGAGAUCCCUUCUCUGUCUACUCAAAAGUCUAAUGGCAUGUCAUACUCAAGACAAUAUCAGCAGUAUGGUGCUGACAUCCACUCAUUCGCAAAUAGACAAGGUUAUGGCGAGGACAUUUCGAAACUAUCUCACCAUUGGCGCUACCGAGACAAAGUAUCUUUGUAUUCUGGUCAGAGGUGCCAUGAGGCCCAUGAUGCUGAGGCACGUCAAUUAUCAAGCUACCAGCAAGGCGCUUCUCGUGGGAGUGUGCACCCAAGAGGCUACCAGAAAGGUACUUCUCGUGGGAGUGGGCGCCCAUGUGACAAUUUUGUCAAUAGUCAUGUUAGUAAUCAGCAAGUCAAGAUGACCACAACCAUACAUACUGGCACAAGACCACAGGUGGCUAACGGAGCUCUUAACAACACUGACUACUGUCGAAAUAGCAAGAAGGAAAACCCAUUGGGAACUUCUGAGGAUUUAAGGGACCGAGUUUGUGGUCCCCGUGCAAACAAGUUGAACAACGCAUCAACACCGACUACGAAGAAAGAUAUCUUGGGCCCUUUGGUCCGUAGAGACCAAUUUAACAGAUCGGACUUCUCAGUUCAGUAUGAACAUGCCAAGUUCUUCAUGAUAAAGUCAUAUAGUGAAAAUAAUAUUCAUAAAGGUAUCAAAUACAAUGUUUGGGCAAGUACAUCAUAUGGGAACAAUAAGCUGGAUGCUGCUUUUCAUGAUGCUCAGGCUUUAACUAAGGAAAAGGGCACAAAAUGUCCUGUCUUUCUAUUCUUUUCGGUUAAUACCAGUGGGCAGUUUGUAGGAAUGGCUGAGAUGCUAGGUCCUGUUGAUUUUAAGAAGACCAUGGACUUCUGGCAACAAGAUAAAUGGAAUGGCUUUUUCCCUAUAGUUUGGCACAUUAUAAAGGACAUUCCGAAUCGGCUCUUCAAGCACAUCACCCUUGAAAAUAAUGACAACAGACCUGUUACUUUCAGCCGGGACGCUCAAGAGAUUAGCCUGCCCCAGGGUCUGGAAGUGUUGAAAAUUUUCAAGUCUUAUUGCCAUGGAACAUCAAUUCUGGACGAUUUUGACUUCUAUGAAGGAAAUGAAAAUACAUGCUGUGCACGCAAGGGAAUAAAUGCAGACUCGUUACAUGAAGCUAGACUAUCCUAUUUCGGAACAGAUGACUUGAAAUCAAUGGGAGACAUAGAGGCAAGCAUGGAGACUAUCAGCCUCCACGAGCCUUGAGACUGAUCCAGAUGGUUUUGCGCCACAUCGCAAAAUUCAUCGAGGUGCGCGAUUGAGCCACAGGUUGAAACGGAAGUUUGAUCCAAUAAGUGGGCACUAUGCAAAUUAACAGAAAUCUGCUAUAGAACGUUUGUACUUUGUAUGGAUCAGAUAUAUAUAGUCCUCAGCAAACACAUAUAUCUAGUGCACCUAUAAAGUUUUCCCCCGGAAAACUAGGAGCCUCAUACUAGGCGAUUAGGGUUCUAGUGGGUUUGGCGACACACGUCGAUUCUUCGGCAUGGUGCGGUUGGAAUCAAGGCAAAGUAUAAUGGAUUCUGCUGUAUCUCGGGUGCAAAACCAAAGUGGAUGUUUGCGGGGAAGUUACUGUACCCAAAAAAAAAGUUUCAUAUUCAAACGGUCGCAAGUGCCCUUUGGCCAGCAUGGGAAAACCUAGAGGACUGGCAAAAAUAUGUUUGUGGCGGAAUUCGAA